UAAGGAAAUAUUUGCUCCAAAGAAGAGACGGUUAACGAGAACCACAGGUACCAACACCAACAUCAUCCAUAUAUCACUCUCUACUUGUUUAUCAUCUUCCCACAUUUUGAUCCCAAUGGAGUCACGAGUGUUGUCACGCGCCACCACACUCUCCUCCCUCCCUCGUCUCAACAAACUUCAUCGUGAACAUCUCACCAAUGGCGCUUCCAUCCUCUCCGUGAAAUCGAUCGGAUCAGUCUCUGAUGGCGGGAACCUUGUCUUUGGAAGACAACUUCGUCCUGAACUCUGUUCACCUGCUCUUAAGAAAAGUGGUGUACUCCUCCGUCCUUGCCUCGCCGCUGCCGAUGAUUCCGCCGGUGGAGAGAAGGUUGCUCCGGUUGGAUUCUUUAGCAAGUAUCCGGCUCUUACCACCGGUUUUUUCUUCUUCACUUGGUACUUUUUGAAUGUGAUUUUCAACAUCCUAAACAAGAAGAUCUAUAAUUAUUUCCCCUAUCCUUACUUCGUGUCGGUUAUCCAUUUAUUGGUGGGAGUGGUUUACUGUUUAGUCAGCUGGACUGUGGGCCUUCCUAAGCGCGCUCCAAUAGACGGCAACCAGCUGAAGUUGCUGAUUCCUGUAGCUGUCUGUCAUGCAUUAGGCCAUGUGACCAGCAAUGUCUCAUUUGCUGCAGUUGCUGUUUCUUUCACACAUACCAUCAAAGCUCUUGAGCCAUUCUUUAAUGCUGCUGCUUCACAAUUCAUACUUGGACAAUCAAUUCCCAUCACUCUAUGGCUCUCACUUGCUCCCGUUGUUCUUGGUGUGUCAUUGGCAUCAUUGACUGAGCUCUCAUUCAAUUGGCUCGGCUUCAUAAGUGCUAUGAUUUCAAACAUUUCAUUUACAUACAGGAGUAUCUAUUCAAAGAAAGCCAUGACUGAUAUGGAUAGUACCAAUGUCUAUGCCUACAUUUCCAUCAUUGCUCUAAUUGUAUGCAUACCACCGGCCUUAAUUAUUGAAGGGCCUACACUGUUGAAGACCGGCUUCGCUGAUGCAAUUGCUAAAGUAGGUUUGGUCAAGUUCGUAUCAGAUCUCUUCUGGGUUGGUAUGUUUUACCAUCUUUACAACCAGGUAGCCACCAACACAUUGGAGAGAGUGGCUCCUCUCACUCAUGCAGUUGGCAACGUACUCAAACGUGUAUUUGUCAUUGGAUUUUCAAUCAUUAUCUUCGGUAACAAGAUUUCAACCCAAACUGGUAUAGGAACUGCCAUUGCAAUUGCUGGAGUGGCACUCUACUCCUUCAUCAAAGCCAAGAUCGAGGAAGAGAAGCGACAAGCAAAAGCAGCAUAAGGCGUCAACUUGGAGGAUGCUUGCACUGUAAAUCAUCACAAAUUUCCUUCAAAAUAAUUGACUUUGUUGUUCAGUACUGUACUAUCAUUGUGAUAGCGCGCAUUUCAUUUUCCUUCUUUAUUUUUGUCAAAUCUUUCCCCUUGUUCAUUCAGAAAACAAGGACUUGCUGAUUUGCAGUCUUCUUUUGAUGACUGAAAAAUGAUGUAUCCAUUAUUGCCAUAAAUAGCUCUUAAAACUAUUAUCAAAGCUGUAUUCAUAAUCUUAAUGCACACAACAACACACAUGAAUGUA